UUUGUGGGCUAUAAAAGCAGCUCCCCGACCGCGCUUUCGGAGGAUCUCUUCCUGCGUUCACACGGUUGGUUCUAUUCCUGAGACCUGUGGUUUCACUCUGCUGAUAGCAAGAUGUCCUCAGGAAAUGCAAAAAUUGGGCAUCCUGCUCCCAACUUCAAAGCUACAGCUGUUAUGCCAGAUGGACAAUUCAAAGAUAUCAGCCUAAGUGAUUACAAAGGAAAAUAUGUUGUGUUCUUCUUUUACCCUCUUGACUUUACUUUUGUGUGUCCCACGGAGAUCAUUGCUUUCAGUGAUAGAGCAGAAGAAUUUAAGAAACUUAACUGCCAAGUGAUUGGAGCUUCUGUGGAUUCUCACUUCUGUCAUCUGGCAUGGAUUAACACACCCAAGAAACAAGGAGGAUUGGGACCCAUGAACAUUCCCUUAAUAUCAGAUCCCAAGCGCACCAUUGCUCAGGAUUAUGGAGUCUUAAAGGCUGAUGAAGGUAUCUCUUUCAGGGGCCUCUUUAUUAUUGAUGAUAAAGGUACCCUUCGCCAGAUAACAAUAAACGAUCUUCCUGUUGGCCGCUCUGUGGAUGAAGUUCUGAGACUAGUCCAGGCCUUCCAGUUCACUGACAAACAUGGUGAAGUGUGUCCAGCUGGCUGGAAACCUGGCAGUGAUACCAUCAAGCCUGAUGUCCAAAAGAGCAAAGAAUAUUUCUCUAAGCAGAAGUGAGCACUGGACCAUUUUUCUGCCAGGCAGCAUUGAGCAGCCAGAAGAAAGUCUCUUGUACUCUACUCAUGCUUAUACAUAUUAUGAUUCCAGAUAAGCCUUUUCUACAGGGCUGGGUGUGGGUACCCUUUCUUCCACUGUUGGUAAUGGUCUGAGCUAUGUUUUGGGCAGGCCAUCUUAUAUCAGUCACAGAAACCAACCUGUUAAUUCUUUUUUUUAAAGUACCUAUUAAACGUGAAUUCUGAGAA